AUGACCUCGGUGCCCCCUGCGCCCACAUCGCGACAUCAGAGGCGUGUGCGUCUGGCACGCUCAGUUCUCGACCCAGCAGCAAAGGCAUACCUCAUAGGCUACCUCGUCGACCUCAUCCCUUCGAUCCUCAAAGCCAUCUUGCGCUUCGUCACCCAUGAGAUCAAGCGCAUCAGAUUACUGCAGAAGCGAGUCAGGGAGGAGAAGCGAGCAGCGCGAGAGCUGAUAGAAGGGGACAACCCCAUCGUCGUUCCUGAGUCCUCUACUUCGACAUGGGAGGACAUCGUGCUGCCUAGUCUGCGAGGUAUGCCUUCGAUCGCCAAGGAUGUGGGACAGGCGGCAGGAGUUGCACUUGGACCACAGGGCAUGGCAGCUGCCUGUGCUGCAGCUAUGCUUGGAACCGCCAUCCUUGAUGAGCUGCUGGCCUCCAUCUUCAUCAAGUCAGGUCCCAAGGCAGCCAAGAGCUCCUCUUCCUCAUACUCGCAGAAUAGAUUGGCCAAAAUUCAGCAUAUACGCAUCUGGACUUGCUUCGUAGCCGCCGCACUAUCAUCUGGCUCGUCUCUCAUGCUCGUUCAAAGGACUUCAGCUGCAGGGCCAUCUGGCUCUAGCAAGCGUCUGGAAGGAACACCCCGACCUGGCAUGCUCCCUAGCCCAUCUCUCAAUAGUCUCAAGAAGAGCAUCAUCGCUAGAUUUUCCCCGAAUUCUACAUUGGACCGCCCAUCUGGUCUCCCUACACCUCUAGCUCCCGGCGGCCACUUUCUUGCUAGAUUGACAAGUCUGUCCAUCCCUGUCACACCCGCUAAUCCUGGUUCUCUCAGCCCCGUACUACAGCCAAAGGCACUUCCCAAUGACCCGGAAAAGUCUCUCAAUGCGUAUGACGCAUCAAGUGGUCUGCCGUCGCCUGCUACAGCAGCGAAUACUGCUCCCGCCGAGAAGUCAAGGGCACUUGGCAAGCCUUCACCUACCGUCGACCUGACACUCUUCGCUCUUGUCCGUGGAUUGGACACUUUGAUUCGAGCAAUGCCGCUGUUUACAGGCUCAGCAGGGGAGAUAGUCAGUAAUCUGCCCAAAGGCAGCACCCGAAUUCUAGGCAACAGCAGGUCGCGCGAGCAGCUAGGCAACAGCCUCAGGACUGGCGGUUCCGCCCUUGUCAGUCAAGCCGAGGGUUUGACUUUUGUCAUGUGCUGCGCCGUCAUCAUGUGGUCGUGGUUCUACGCGCCAGAGCGACUGCCUCCGACGUACGUCAAGUGGAUCACCAACUUGGCAACGAUGGACGAAAGGCUGCUAUUGGCAUUGCGAGGCAUUCGCAACGGCAAACCCCACGUUUGGGGAUACGGCAACCCUAAUGUCACUCCGCAAGGAAUCGAUAUGCUCAGCUCGCUUGCCGAAUCACUCGGCUUGCCCUACGAAUGGGGCGAUCCAACACGCCUGCCGCACAGCAGCAGUGAUGCCCAGCGACUGAUCAAGGAAGCCAAGGCGGCCAAUGCCGAAACUCUCGCGCAGGGUCGAGAGGUUGCCCGCGAUCCACAUCGACCCGGUGGAGAUCCAGUUCCGGGGUACGUUCUAUCAGGAGCUGCAGGCCGGAGGGGCAAAGGCAAAAUGGGCGGCAUGCCCUGUGAACUGGUCCAUUGCGGCGUAGGCGGCUCCUCCUGUUUCGCGAACGCUGCCCUGCGAUGGCUCAGAGGUUGGAAGGUGUGCAUGGGCAUCUACAUUCCCGUGCAUCUCCUCCCCAGACUACUCUUCAACCCGCGUCAAUUCGCCAAGAACCCCAUCGAUGCCAUCCAAAAAGUCCUCAUGGGCUCGGCCAGAAGCGCAAGUUUCCUCGCCACCUUCAUCGCUUCAAUCUGGUUCAUGGUCUGUCUAGGCCGGACUGUCCUCCUCCCUCGUCUCUUCCCUUCUGUCUCGCAUCGAUUCUGGGAUCGCGGAUUGGGACCGCUGAUGGGAUCCUUUGCCUGUGGUUUUGCCAUCUUUAUCGAAGAGAAGCGAAAGAGGGCCGAAAUGGCACUGUACGUCGCCCCUCGAGCCUUGUACGCCUGCGCAGAGAUGUUGCGUCCUGGUUGGCUCAGCAAUGGGCAAAGUGGAGCAGUAUGGGCUGAACGGAUCGUCUUUGGCCUUGCGGGAGCCAUCGUUGUCACGGCGGCGCGAUUUAGACCUCAGUCCCUACGAGGAAUCACAAGUGUUAUGGCUUGGGUGCUGAAGAGUAACGCGAGAGAAUUGAGAGUCAAGGCCAAGGCGAUCACGAGCUGA